AGCGCGCUCGUCUCUCACGUACACCACACACACCGUUCCUCUCUCUUCUCUUGCGCUCUCCUCAGCCAGCGGUGCGCUCCGGCCAUCUCCAUGUCCCUCAUCACCGAUGACCCCGACCGCGCUCCGAGGGACUGCACGGCGGCCAGGCGCCACCAGUCCGGUAGGCGCCGGCGGUGGCUGCUGAUCGCCGCGGCGUCAGCAAUGGCGUUGCUGCUAGCCAUGGCCAUCAUACUCUGGCUCACCCUCCGCCCUUCCAGCCCACGGUUCAGGCUGUUGUCCGCCACCGCCUCCACCAACGCCACCGGGGGCAUGGCGGGCACCGUGCUGCUCGACGCUUACGUUGUCGCGCACAACCCCAACGCGCACGCCCUCGCGCUCUAUGACGGCCUCCGGGCGCGAGCGUCCUACGCGGGACUCCAGCUCGCCGCCGCCGCGCCGAUCCCGCCGUUCCAGCAGGCCCAGGGCGACGUCAUGCUCUCUGCCGCGCUCUCCUCGUCGUCCUCGGCGGCGGAGGAAACGACGGCGGGCGGGCGAUCGCCGGCGCUGCUGACGCUGCGCGUGGGGGGGCGGCUCCGAUGGAAGGUGGUCGUCUGGGUGUCCAGUAGCCGCACCCUCGCUGCCGAGUGCAUCGCCGCCGCCGUCUCGCCGUCUCAGCUCAGGGCCGUCGUCGUGCAGGACUGCCAGUGCGCCACCACCAUCGAAUGAACAAAUCUGAACACCGAGGAUAUAAUAUCUGCAUGUAUAGUCGUGUGCUUAAUUAUACUAGUAGUACUUCCUCCAUGUUCUUGUACUUACUGUAGUCAAUAGUUAAUUAGGACAAUAUCGACGGCACGUGCAUGCAAUCAGUGCAAUGGUUGCGUACCUUCUCUCGCAUAUAUAUGUAUUUUAAAAUAAU